CAUUAGACGGUUCGCUUCUCCACGGCAACAAUACAAAUUCAAAUGUUUUCUGCCAACAGAAAAUGAUUUCUGAUUCUCACCAUUAAUCAAUUCUUUUCAUGAAAGCAAAGCUGCUUUGAUACAGUUAUUCCUAGCGUUCCAUCAAAGUAGUUCAUAUAGAAAUGAACAAUCUUGAUAAAAUCGUGAUCAAAGUGCACAAGAUUGCCGAAAAUGGGACUGUGGUAUAUUCCUCCAGAUUCGAAAUCGACCCGAACAUGAAAGAACCAGUUUCGAGCACCUAUCUCUCGCCGGAAAAAGUAAGUUUUGCGUUGUCUUCAGAAAAUAAACUGAUUCUCAAUUACCAGCGCUUCGAAUCUGACGAGGAACGCCUGAAAUGUCUAAAACUUAACGAUGACGAAGAAGGGGUUAUGCCGAUAUCUGGUAAACUAGUCUUGAAUAUCCCGACCAUGAUAAGAUGUCAGAAUUGUGAAACUAAUUUUCCCACUAAAUACCAGUAUCAAAGACACCAGUGCGAAUUCAACGCAGACAAAGUAGUUUUCAAAACGGAAUUUGACCACUCGGAUAAAGACGUUCGGGUAAAGUAUGUCUGCUCUAUCUGCGAGAAACAGUUUGUGAGCAAGAAUAACCUGGACCGACAUCAGUCCAGUCACGAGAGCACACAGGAAAACAUUUGCGAGCAUUGCAACAAACACUUCGUGAGUGAAAACAGACUCAGAAUACAUAAGGAAAACCACUGCAAGAAAGCCGGAGAUAUAUCAAAGUUCUAUAGGAGCGACGUCACGGUUUGGAAGUGCAAAAAGUGUCACGAGGUUUUUUCGUCCCCUGUAACGGCCAACUACCACGUGACAAUUUGUUCGGAAGUCGUUCUCGAAACUAGAGAGCCUGCUGAGGAGAUAGAUGUACAAGACAGGGAAAAUGAAAAGGAUGCCGUAACUGACAAAAGAGUUGAAAAAAUGUUGACGGAAAUCCUGCUUCAGUGCGAGUUUUGCAACAGAACGUACGCCGAUAAAAACUUACUGCUUAUGCAUCAAAAAAAACACACCACUUCAAAAAAUUACGAAUGCGUCAACUGUUCCCAAGUGUUUGAUUCCUAUACAGCUGCUUCACAACACUGGAUGAAAAAAUGUUCAGAAUACGUGAGUUUGUUUUACCUCCCGAAACUGACCUAUUGCGAGUAUUGCGACAGGACCUUCAAGUCCCACGAGCUCCUAUACACGCACAAGAUAAAAAAGAAGCACUACACUUCGAAGGUCCACGAAGCCAACUUCGAAGAAGAGCCUAUUUCCGCACUCAAAGAAAAAUAUAUAGACAACAAGGAGAUUCUUAAUAAGCUCAUCGAGGACGUCUUGAAGACUCUCGACGUUCCAGUCGAGAAGAUUGCCAUCGCACGAAACUCCACGAACGACGAAAAUGUUGAAAGGAAUCUUGACAUCGAGGGGAACCCCAUGAUCGAAAUAAGCGAAAUUAAAACUGAAAACGAGGAUAUGGAGUGCAUAGAAAAUAUCAGUGACGUGGUGGAGAAGAAGAAGAGAGGCAGAAGGCGCAAGUGGAGUAGGAGCCAGAAUGGAGGAGCGAAAAAAACUUGUUCGGAGGUCAAUCAAGGUUUCAAGUUCCAGUGUGAACGAUGUGUCAAAGUAUUUGAUAAUACUGGAGAUUUGGAAACACACCGUGAGAAGGAACACGCUUCUAGUUUCUCAUGUGAGGAAUGUGGACAG